GGGGCUAUGGGCGGCGGCGGAGGAGGAGGAGGAGGAGCCACCGCCCCCGAGGCUCCCUGACGGCGACGUCGCGAGGCCUCGGCCAUGGAGGAGGGCGGCGAGCUGGGCGACCUGGAAACCAUGGAGACCCUGACGGAGCUGGGGGACGAGCUGACCCUGGGGGACAUCGACGAGAUGCUGCAGUUCGUCAGCAACCAGAUAGGCGAGUUUCCCGAUCUGUUCUCGGAGCAGCUGAGCAACAACUUCCCGGACAGCGGCGCGGCCGGCGGAGGGCCGGCGGACAACGCGCCCCCGAGGACGUUCGGCCAGGCGGCGCCGCCCCCGUUCCCCCCGGCGGCCUCCUCCCCCCAGGCCCCGGCGGGGCAGGCGAAAGCCAGGCCGGCACCCCUCCUCCAGCCGCGCCCCCAGCUCCAGCCCCAGCCCCAGCCCCAGCCCGCCCCGCAGCUCCAGCAGCAGACCGUGAUGAUCACCCCGACGUUCAGCACGGCCCCCCAGACCAGGAUCAUCCAGCAGCCCUUGAUCUACCAGAACGCGGCCACCGGUUUUCAAGUCCUGCAGCCUCAGGUGCAGAGCCUGGUGACGUCCUCCCAGGUGCAGCCCGUCGCCAUCCAGCAGCAGGUGCAGACGGUGCAGGCCCAGCGGGUGCUGACCCAGACGGCCAACGGCACCAUCCAGACCCUGGCCCCGGCCACCGUGCAGACCGUCGCCGCCCCUCAGGUCCAGCAAGUGCCGGUCCUGGUACAGCCUCAGAUCAUUAAGACGGACUCCCUCGUCCUGACCACCUUAAAAGCGGACGGCAACCCCGUCAUGGCCGCCGUCCAGAACCCCGCCCUCACCGCCCUCACCGCCCCCAUCCAGACGACGGCCCUUCAAGUACCGACGCUGGUGGGCAGCAGCGGGACCAUUCUGACAACGAUGCCCGUGAUGAUGGGGCAGGAAAAAGUGCCCAUUAAGCAGGUUCCCGGUGGGGCGAAGCAGCCCGAGCCCCCCAAAGAAGGGGAAAGGAGGACCACCCACAACAUCAUUGAGAAGCGCUACCGGUCGUCCAUCAACGACAAGAUCAUCGAAUUGAAGGACCUCGUGAUGGGGACCGAUGCCAAGAUGCAUAAAUCCGGAGUUCUCAGGAAGGCCAUCGAUUACAUUAAGUACCUGCAGCAGGUCAACCACAAACUGCGUCAGGAGAACAUGGUGCUGAAACUGGCCAAUCAGAAGAACAAGCUGCUGAAGGGCAUCGACCUGAGCAGCCUGGUGGACGGCGACGUAGACGUGAAGAUGGACGACUUCAAGCAGAACGUCCUCCUGAUGUCCCCGCCGGCCUCGGACUCGGGGUCCCAGGCCGGCUUUUCGCCCUACUCUAUCGACUCCGAGCCGGGAAGCCCUCUGCUGGACGACGCCAAGGUCAAAGACGAGCCCGACUCUCCGCCGGUGGCCCUGGGCAUGGUGGACCGCUCCCGGAUUCUGCUCUGCGCCCUCACCUUCCUGUGCCUGUCCUUCAACCCCCUGACGUCCUUGCUGGAGUGGGGCAGGGCCCACGGGUCCGGCAAACGCGCCUACUCGGGCUCCGGGCGUUCCAUCCUGUCCUUCGAAUCAGGCGCCGGCGGCUGGUUUGACUGGAUGCUGCCCACUCUCCUCCUGUGGCUGGUCAACGGCGUCAUCGUCCUGAGCGUCUUCGUCAGACUGCUGGUCCACGGGGAGCCCGUGACCCGGCUGCACUCGCGCUCCUCGGUCACGUUCUGGCGGCACCGGAAACAGGCCGACCUGGACCUGGCCAGGGGAGACUUUGCCGCCGCGGCCUCCAACCUCCAGACGUGCCUGUCGGUCCUGGGCCGGGCGCUGCCCACUUCGCGGCUGGAUCUGGCCUGCGGCCUCUCGUGGAACGUGAUCCGCUACAGCCUCCAGAAGCUGGGCCUGGUGCGCUGGCUGCUGAAGAGGACUUCCCGGCAGCGCCGGCCGGCCUCGGCCGCGGCCGGCUUCGAGGACGAAGCCAAGACCAGCGCCCGGGAUGCGGCCCUGGCCUAUCACAAGCUCCACCAGCUGCAUCUCACAGGGAAACUCCCGGCGGGCUCCGCCUGCUCGGGUCUGCACAUGGCCCUGUGCGCCGUGAACCUGGCCGAGUGUGCCGAGGAGAAGAUCCCGCCCAGCACGCUCGUCGAAAUCCACCUGACGGCCGCCGUGGGCCUCAAAACCCGCUGCGGCGGAAAGCUGGGCUUCCUGGCCAGCUACUUCCUCGGGCGGGCGCAGAGCCUGUGCGGGCCGGAACGCUGCGCCGUCCCCGAUUCCCUGCGCUGGCUCUGCCACCCACUCGGCCAGAAGUUCUUCGUGGAGAGGAGCUGGUCGGUGACGUCGGCCGCCGAGGAGAGCCUGUUCUGCUCGCGGAGGAACCCAGCCGACCCCAUUGCUCAGAUCCACCAGGCCUUCUGCAAGAACGUCCUCGAGCGGGCCGUGGACUCCUUGGUGAAGCCCCAGGUCAAGAGAGGUGUCACCGCCCCGGAGGAGGAGCCGUGUGAGUUUUCCAGUGCCUUGGACUAUCUGAAGUUACUGAACUCUUUCGUGGACUCGGUGGGAGUCGGGACUCCCGCUUUCACCCACGGCUCCGUGCUCAAGUCGGCCCCGGGUCCCGAUGUCACCUGCAGAUGGUGGACGUCGGCGGUCACGAUGGCCAUCGGCUGGCUCCAGGGGGACGACGCCGCGGUCCGGUCCCGCUUCGCCGAAGUGGAACGCUUGCCCAAGGCCCUCGAGAUGACAGAGAGUCCGCUGGUGAAGACGGUCUUCCACGUGUGCAGAGCCAUGCACGCCUCGCUAUCGGGGAAAGCGGAGGGGCGGCAGGGGGCCUUCUGCCACUGCGAGAGGGCCAGCAGCCACCUGUGGAACAGCCUCAACGUCAGCAGCAACGUCACGUCCAACCCGGGCCUCAGUCACGGGAUCCAGCUGCUCGCCUGCGACUUGCUGCUGUCGCUGCGCACGGCGCUGUGGCAGAAGCAGGCCGGGCCCGGCCAGGCCCCCGGAGAGACCAACCACGCUUCCGCCCCCGAGCUGGCCGGGUUCCAGCGCGACCUGGGCAGCCUGCGCAGGCUGGCACACGGCUUCCGGCCCGCGUAUCGUAAGGUGUUCCUGCACGAGGCCACGGUGCGUCUCAUGGCGGGCGCCAGCCCUACCCGCACGCAUCAGCUCUUGGAGCACAGCCUCAGGCGGAGGACCCUGCAGGGUACCAAGCAAGGUGAACUGGAGGCCUUGCCGGGCCAGCGAGAGCGGGCCACUGCCAUCCUGUUGGCGUGCCGCCACCUCCCCCUGUCCUUCCUGUCGUCCCCGGGCCAGCGCGCCGUCCUGCUGGCGGAGGCCGCCCGCACCCUGGAGAAGGUGGGAGACAAGCGCUCGUGCAGCGACUGCCAGCAGAUGAUCGUCAAGCUCAGCGGGGGCACCGCCAUCGCCGCCUCCUAGCCCUCCCCACACGCCCCCCCCCCCCCCCCCCACACCCCCCCCCCAGUCCCGUGCCGGGGGGCUCGGGGCCACGUCACAGGCCGGGGCCCCGGGACGGCGGGAUCCCGGACCCCCCACUCCGCCCCCGAAGCGUCCCGCCCGUCUUCCCCUCCCGUCCGGCUCUCACACUCACUCUGACCCACGGAGCCAGCCGGGGCACCGGUCUACCCUCUCGGCCCCUGGGCCGCCCCCCGCGGGAUCAGCUCUGCACCCCGGACCGCAGCCCGCCAGGAACCUCUUUGGGUUUCUCCUCCUGGAGGGGAGACUCUGGGGACUGGGUGGAGGGGUGGGUCCGAGGAUCCCCCGAGGACCGGAGAGGUGCGCUCUCCCAUCGGUCCCGUGCCGGGACUUCCCUCUCCCUUCGAUCCCAGGACUGUCCCGCUAGGUUUUUCCCGGAGCUUUUUUCCUCUGGGUGGUGUUUUUCGCCCGGAAGAGCGGGGCAUUUGGGUGGUUAGCGCGGAGAUCUUCUGCCUCUGCGUUUUUUAUACAACUUUUUAUAGCAAUAUAGCGUGUUGAGACCUAGGGAAAAAUAACGUGCAUUCCCCUCUCCCGCAAUACAUUUCCCCUUUCUCCUGCCCCAGGCAGCCAGUUGUGGGCCUUUUACUCUUGCGGGCGGAGCCCGGAAACGGGUGGUAGGAACUGGUGGGGGACAUCCUUGGAGAGAGUAGAAUGAAAUUAUUAUUUUUUAAUUAUUUUUUUUUUUGUAAACGCAUCAUCGAGUGGAUUCAUUUCCAUUCCUGGGGGAACGGAGCCAAACUCUCGGACCAGGCGGCUUCCGCCGGCUGGCUGCCGGACGAGGCCCGGCCCCGAGGCAGCAGGCUCUUGACUCGCUUUUCCCGAUGGGGCCGAGGUCCACCCAGAACGCUUCAGCUGAGCUCUGGGCACGGCCCCCCGCUGCGGCCGGUGCCUUCCGCUCUCCUCCCCCUUCUGACCCUCGGCGGUGGCAGAGCGGGUCAAGACUCCCAGCCCUGGUUUUUAUAGAUAAUCAUUUGAAUUUUCAUUUUCGUGGAGCCUGGUGAGGAUCAUGGGAAGACGAGAGAUUUCUGCCCCGCCAUCUCCCUGCCGAGGGUUGUGGAUGUGGUGCAAGGGGUGGAGGGUGGUGUUACCUUUCCGUCUUCUGUCCGUCCGUCCCCCCCCCCCCCCCCACAGGCCUCCGAGUCUAACCCACCUCACGCAGGAGAUGGUUUUUCCUCCCGAGCCGGGUCCGGCUCCUCGGGCGCGACCAGGACCCCGUGGCGGGGGCCGCUUCUGUUCUGCCUGACGGCGCCGGGACCCCGUAGUGGUCGGUUCCUCGGCCUCCGGAGGGAGAGAGGAUGAGAGCAGGUGCCUUCUUGGGGACCAGAAUCCCCACUCGCGGCCUCCUCUCGGGCGGGGCUUCUGCGAGGGCCGGGAAGUACCCUCCCCCGGGCACGCCACGGACCCGGGUGGUUUGAAAUGCCUCAUCCUGGGAGGUGUUUCCGUCUUCCCCCACCACGGGUCUACCGUGGCCCGGACCGUCGCCGCCCUCGGCUCGGAAACGCUUAGGAAGACGGGACUCCCGCCGCCCCGUAUCCCCAAGGCCUUGGCGGGAACGGUCAAGCGAUGAGGGCGAGACCCGGACCGAGUUAAAACUGGGGAAAAGCAGCCUUUCCCCCCGGCCCCGAAACCGGUCAACCCCUCCUCUUGGCCUUGGGGUUGGCUCCACCCCGCGCCUCCAGACUCUGCCUGUUUUAUAUGUCACGUUUAUUUAUGGACUUGACCGCCCUUCCGUGCGUGGGUCCUACACCCUCUUUAUUUUGUAUGUGUACGUGCUCACCGAGCUUUGAUUCGUCGUAACGGGAGUGGGAGGGUGGUUUUUCGUAUAAAAAGGGAAGAGGCUAAUUUAUCCCAGUUCUGGUGGGGGGGGAGGGGGGGAGGGGACUGACGGGAGACGGUGGAAGCACAUCUCUGGCUGAUGACGUCGUCGUCGAAUCGUGCACCUUUGCCCCCCCCCAAAACUGGGAAGUUGAAUAAACCAGAUGGGUACCACCUGGACUGGUGCUUGCAUAGGCAGA